AUGAUUUUAUUAGCAGGAGAUUUUCGUCAAACAUUGCCAGUGAUUCCACGAUCAACGCCAGCUGAUGAACUCAAUGCAUGUCUAAAGUCCUCCAAUUUGUGGAAACAUGUCAAAGUACUUCAUUUAAGCAAGAAUAUGCGUGUCGAGUUGCAAAAUGACCAAUCUGGAAACAUAUUCUCUAAACAACUCAUUGACAUUGGUAAUGGCAAAUUACCUAUAGACAUGUUGACUGGCUGCAUUAACUUUCCUCAAAGUUUUUGUCAGUUAACUCAAUCAAAAGAUGAACUUAUUCAGAAGGUGUUUCCAGAUGUUUCUCAAAAUUACAGAAACCAUCAUUGGUUGAGCGAACGAGCUAUACUGGCUGCAAAAAACAUAGAUGUAAAUGAAUUAAAUUUCAAAAUUCAAGAACAAAUUACAGGCGAAUUGAGGAUAUAUAAAUCAGUUGAUUCGGCUACUAAUCAAGAUGAUGUAGUCAACUAUCCACCGGAAUUUUUAAACUCGCUGGAUUUGCCAGGAUUGCCACCUCACAAUCUUCAAUUAAAGGUCGGAUCGGUGGUCAUAAUGUUGCGAAAUAUCAACCAACCGCGUCUUUGCAACGGUACACGGUUAGCGAUAAAAAAAUUACUAAACAAUGUGAUAGAAGCAACUAUACUCAAAGAAAAGUAUAAAGGAGAAGAUGUUCUCAUACCGCGCAUCCCAAUGAUUCCGACUGAUGUGCCAUUUGAGUUUAAACGACUACAGUUUCCAGUGCGGCUUGCUUUUGCUAUGACUAUAAACAAGUCCCAGGGGCAAUCAUUAAGUGUUUGUGGUAUUAAUCUAGAAAACCCAUGUUUCUCACAUGGUCAAUUGUAUGUUGCCUGUUCCCGUGUUGGAAAACCAUCAGAUUUGUUUAUCUAUGCGCCAGGUAAUCAAACAAAAAACAUCGUAUACCACAAAGCACUACAAUGA